AUGGCAUCUUGCAAGGUUUGCGAUGAACCCCUCGUGCUCGAGGUCGAGGAUGAGGAGGUUGGCGGGGUUCAGACGUUUCCUGACGACCUGGAACUGCCCUGUGGAUGCCGCUUUCACUGGCAAUGUCUCAUGGACCAGGCUUCCGAGGUUGCCAUGUCGCUCAAUUGCCCAGCGUGCCACAGCCAGCUCGCAACCAAUACGGCUGGGCCAUCGGUCACGAACCCGUUCCUGCACGUCAGCGCGGGCGCGCGCAUCCUGACGAGGUACCACAACGAGGGCGGGUUGCAGGAGGAUCUUGAUAUCCUCCCCGAGAUCACAGAGGAGGCCUACCUAGAAGCCAAUCCAGAGGCCCGUCCUGCACGUGCUUUCCAUGUCAUGUGCACCGAGGGCGACCUUGACGGCGUCGUAGAGCUGCUACGCGCUGUGGAUCGAGAUCAGAAUGCCGCCGGCGCCGGGGGAAGCAGCAGCAGCGCCGCUGAAGACAAUGAGCCGUCGCUGAACCCUGCGCAACUUAUGCGCUAUCAGGAUCCCCUCAACAACUCCAAGACGGGCCUUCAUUUGGCCGUUGAGAACGGACAGGAAGAGAUCGUGUGGUUGCUAUUGUGGCUGGCAUCGCCGUUGUCCGCAGAGGUUUUCCCUCCUGCCGCGGUUAAUGCGGCUCACGCCAUGGGGCUCCAGAGGCCUGCGACAACGCCCGCGGACGACAUUCGCCUGUUGCAGGACAAUGGCGGUCGGACAGCGGAGUCGGUGGCUGCCGGAAUGGAUGGCAUCUGGAACCUCAUUGUAGAGGCUGGAGCCCUUCGACCGGGAGUUUGA